UUUCCAAUACUUAAUUCGGCUCCGUCUCAUGCUUCAACUGUUUUUACUUCCUGACUUUGAGGUUGUAAGCGCAAUAGUAAGUUUGAUAGUGCCAAAAAACACCAAGUAAGAUACAAAAGAGCCAAUCAUUACAGUAAUUCAAUGUAAGUUAAACGCUUCAGGCCCACAAUUGGGGAUUGGUAUCCUACACACGACGACUGAGAGAUGGAGACGAAGUUGACUAUUGAUCAUACUUCAGUUUGGCUGGUUCCAAUCAAGGGUCGACUAUGUGGUCUCGAAACGCUGCGUCAGAAUGGCUGGAACCAGCGAAACCAAAGUCUAAGCCGAAACGCUCUGAGCAUGCAAUAAAGAUUGGGUUCAAAUUGUCCAGAAAGAUCAAACGGCCCUGCCUGCGUCGUGUAUCGCCCAGUAGACUACUGAUCGGCCGACGUUGCCUGGAUGUUACCUGUCUUGACAGUUUGGUGAACCAUUUGUCGACGUCUUCUACCUUGGAGAUCUUAUCAAUAAAGUUUACCAGUGCGCAAAAUGGCCAACAUAAAGUAUGGAAUCUAUGGAGAUUUAGACAAAUACAAAGAUAUAGAUGAAGACGAGAUCCUGAAGACACUGACUGAAGAAGAACUUGAACAGAUAGCUGAGUGUUUUGAUCCUGAGAAUGAGUCCUUACCUGCUUCUGAAAGGCAGAAAGACCAGACCAAAAAAACCCCAACAGGCCCUUUUGAUCGACAGCACCUCAUUGAGUUUUUAGAGAAGAAAGCUAAGGAAGAGAAAGACUGGGAGGACAAAGUUCCGUACAAAGCUGGAGAAAAAAGAGGUAAAAUAUAUGAAUCCAAAAAAACGGAGCCAGUAAAGAAAACGGAGGAAAAUGUGAAGCUAGAUCCUGAGUGGGAGAAUGCCCUUGAAGAUGCUUCAGAAGAAGACUUGGUGAAUCUUGCAGGAAUUCUCGGUCUGCAUGGUAUGCUAAAUCAAGAACAGUAUGAAGCCUCACAAAGAAAUGAGACACUCAGUGAUAAGCAGGGCAGAUUUCAAGGUAUUGCCAAGUUCAGUGUUCCCAAACCAGUACAGGGGAAUGAGAAGAAUAACACAGAUGUUGAGGAAUCUUUGAAACGUCUGAAGAGUAAUGAUGCCACUCUUAAGACACUGAAUCUUAACAACAUUGUUAAUAUGUCCAUUGAACAAAUGAAGAGCAUCUGUUUGGCUGUUGAGACCAACAAACACCUGAAAGAGUUGUUUAUGGCAAACACACGUCUUACUGACCCAGUUGUAAAGAUAUUAGCAGAAUCAAUUAGGAAGAACAAUGUGCUGACUUCCCUAAACGUGGAAUCCAACUUCAUCACCCAAGCUGGCGUCAAUUCAAUAAUGCAAGCAAUGAGGGAGAAUACUUCCAUAACUGAGCUCAGAAUUGCAAACCAGAAUUGCCAGAUGGGUCAGAAGCUUGAGUGUGAAAUAGCCAACAUCUUGGAGUCUAAUUCUACUCUUCUCAAGCUUGGAUUCGCUUUUGAACAUGCUGGACCACGAGUGCAAGCACAUGAUGCCAUUCUGAGGAAUAUUGAAGCAGUGCGAAAGGGACGUGCAGAAAACAGCAAUUGAGUCUAUAACAGUAGUCAUCUGAUGCACAAUGGAGAGGAAACAGAGUGAAACCAAGACAUCAGCUUGUCAGGGUUUUGAAUUUUUUUUCUUUUUUGCAUAAAAAUAGAGUUGUUCGGUAGAGAGUACGUUUGAAAAUUACAUUUGUUGAUCUAUCAUUGCAUAUGACAGCAUACAACUAGUGAAUGCUCGUGUGUAAAGUGGUAAGGAACCAUCUCAAACAUUUCAAGAACAAGUUAGAAACAAAUUGUGGGUUCCACCUAGAGGAAGCUUUGCAUUUGUCUGAGACAUGUCAAGGGGAACUUUUCCUUAGCAACUUUUUGACCUUGAAUGACUGUUAACAUAGGAAGCUCACAAUAGGUGACACUACAAGAGUGGUUCUUGCUUUUCAGAGUGACCUUGGAUUGCUCAGCUUAAAUCAUUUAAGUGCCCCGUGGUCUCAAAGUGAUAAUUGGUGACACAUUUUUUUCCCUUAAUUUUAUGUACAUUAGUACCCCAGUAUGUACAAAAUGUGAUCAACACGUAAAUAGAAGCUAAAAUUUGUAGUAAGCAAGUUCAACAAAUAGUCCUUUACAGAAUUGUGAUUUUUAGUUAUUCAGCUCCAUUUACAUGUUGUCACCUAAAAUCUAGUUAUCUAUUUCCUCAACAUCCCCUAAUUAUCAGGCUUGGAGUCUGUUGCAUGUAGCUGGCAGGAAUUGGACAAAUUUAAGCACUUGCUCCUUGCUUUCCAAGUUCAUAUGUUCAACUUUAUGUUUUCCAGCCCAGGGUGGUUUAAGUUUUUGGUUUGGUUCAGUUUGAUCCUGUCCAACUCGUAUUGGUUUGGCUUUCAGUAAUUGUUGGGACAGACUAAGGAGGCAGGGAAACAAUUGAUCGGUGUAUUAUAAUAAUUAAGAAGGAACGUAUUUGCCAACUGUACCUUUGAAAUGCAUGUGAUGUCGGUUAAAGUUAGUAAAUUUUACUGUCGUUGUACUGGAGUAGUUGGGAACAUUCUCCCCGGCCUUUUUAAUGUGUCAACUCAUGUCAAAGACCUGUGGGACAUUCUUUCAGCUUAUUGCACAAGGUUGGACAAUUACACAUCUAUCCAGCCGUAGUAUAUAGAAACAUUAUUCAAAUAAAUGUACGCAAUUUAAAAAACAAACAAACAAAAGAACAAAAAAUUUACAGAAAAAAAUUCUAUCCUAGCCCUGUUCUUGAACACAGUUUUGCAGAAUACAGUUGCUUAUAUCUGCCUCAGGAGACACGUGAUGUAUUUCAUAAAUUGAAAAAUGGUUUGUUUGGAAGUCUCAGUGUUUUUUACAUACCAAACUUUUCUCAACUUAUUCAAAAUAAACUUUUUUUGUCACUGGACAUGCAUGACCAUUCUGGAGAUAAUUUCAGUUUCCCGAACUUUGGGCACAUUUCUGACAUAUGAUAUUUAUAGCACCAAACAAUUUUCAAUUCACCUCACCAUUUUUUUUAGUGAAGAAACAAAUUGUUAAUGUAUAAAGUGUCAAUGAGCACUUCAAACCAAAUGGAGUUCCAUUUGCAGCAAAUUUAGGAAUUGAAAGAGAGCCACUGGAGCAAAGCGAGAUAAUUUGUCCAUUUUUGUUUUUGUUCAAUCCAAGAACCUUUAUGAUAAUUGUGUGUACACAAAUAUAAAUGAAUUCUUCGCACUUUGCAGAAAAUACAUUCUUUGCAGAAAAUACAGCGUCGACGUCGGUAACAAGGACAGAAGUUUGCUGUAAAUAAAUUGAACACAUUCUGUCAUGUGCAUGACACACCACACCACAUGAUGUCAACCCAAAUAUUUACCCUAAUAUCAUUCCAUUAUAUUCCUAACCAGUAUUUUACAUGUAACCUACAUAAUGUGUACAAGAAAGUUCGUGACAAAUUUCAGUUUUGUUAUAUAUAACAUUCUUGACAUAAUACCAUACAGAAUACCAUACAGAAUCAUAAACAUAAAGUUAAUUGUCAAUUUUCAAAGGUAACUAGAGAUGUGGUUGUGACGAGCAACCACAGAGAUGUUCGGAUUUAGAAGGUUUUUAACGUGUCAUUUCUUGCUACUUGCAUAUUUCAACCAAAUCAAACAUCAAAUUCAGGAUAUACAAUAUUUUGUAUGCAUCUGUCAUGUCACAUGACUUGUCACCUAAUGACAUCAUCACCACAUGAUGUCAAUUCUUAUCUGCACCACCCCCCUUUCUAUCUGUCUGCAAAGUUUCAACCAAAUCAUACAUGUACUUCACAAGAUUUGAAGUUUGAGAUUUGAAGUUUGCACCUUUAAUGUUGUGUCACAUGACCGCUGGUGAUGUCACAGUGAUGAUUUUUCUGACUCAGUCUUGAGCUAUAAUCACAUGUCACAUGACCCUUGAGGACGUCAUUGUGAUGAUUUUGUUCUGGGACCCUCUCUACGUGGUGGAAUAAGAGUGUGCGCCAAUAUAAAGUCAGAUGGAUGAGUGCCAAAGUUUGGCUGUUCAAAAACAUGUACAAAACCUAUGGGUACAAAUUAGGUAUUCAAAAUUCAACAAUAAAUCACGUAAUGACGUCAUCAUGACAAUUUUAUUCCUUAAGUCUCUCUAGCUGGAGGGCCAAGAGUCUGGACAUAACAUCCAUUGAGUCAACUCGAGAACAGUGUGGAAGUCUGGCUGUUGAAAAAUGUGUACAAAACCUGAAGGGAAAUAUUAGAUAUUAAAAAUUCAAUAACAAAUCACGUGAUGAUGUCACCAUGAAGAAUUUGUUCCUGAACCCUCUCCAGCUGGUGGGCUAAGAAUGUAGACCUAACAUCAAUUUAGUCAGGUCUAGAACAGAGUGAAGUCUGGCUGCUGGCAAACGUAUACAAAACCUAUGGUGAAAAAUUCAAUUUUCAAAAUUAAGUAAUAAACCACGUGAUGAUGUUAUCAUGAUUAAUUUGUUCUAGGACCAUUCUUGGAUGACUGUCUGAAGGUCUACCAAGUUUGAAGUCCGACAUGUAAAACUACCAAAGUUGAUUAGUGGAAGAAAAAGACUGAAAAAGGAGGAAGAAAAUAAAGGGAUGUGGUUGUGAACAACCACAGAACUGUUUCAGAGUUUAUCAUUUUUCAGCUUUAACAUUUUGGAAUAAAAAAGAUCAAAUCAAUUUGUUGAAACUAUUUUUAAGGGAAAUUUUCCCCUGAUUUGUCUGAAAUUCUCACAGUGAUCCCCUGGUUAACCACUGGUAGUAUCAAUAAAAGUACAAAGUGAAAAAAUGUAUACAAAACCCCGGAGAAAAAACUGCAACUUCAAUCUGAUGUCACAUGACCCCUGAUAAUGUUGCCGUGACAAUUUUAUUUUGACAGCCCCAUGGGUUGAUGAACCACGUAUGCUGCCAAAACAAGGUCCCUCAGAUGUAUGAAUACACCAGCCUUUGACUUUAGAAAACGUGUACACGUUUUCUAAAGGAGAGAAAUUAAACAUUCAAAAUUUAAUCAUAAAUCAUGCGAUGACAUCAUCAAGACGAAUUUCUUCUAGGACCAUAUCAAGUCUGAAGUACAUGUAAAUCCAAUGUAAAAAACUAUCAAAGUCGACUAGUGGAAGACGUGCACAAAGUCAAUGUUAUGCACAUAACAUUCUAAGCAAACACUUGUAAAAUUUGCUAGAAAAGUUCUGAGCACAGUCCCAAACUAUGGGUUCAGAUUGUAAUGGUACGACGGGAAAAAGAAUAGGUAGCUUGAUUGUAUCCUGAUUCAUUUCUCAGUCGUGUGUCUUGUACCCCUUUAGUAUGGGUAGAGACCCACAUAUCUAAUUGACUCAAAAAUGUAGUUAUGUCAUAGCAUCGUGUAGCUGCAAAGAGUUUUUCUCAAAAAGUGUGUGCUGGAACUCUGUAUUCUUCAGUGUUGGAAAAUCUUUGACAUCCCUGUCCCUUACAUCCCAAACUUUAAUGUUAAAUGCAAUGAAAAGUGUUCUUUUUAAAAAUUUAAACUUAUCCAAGUGAAACAAAAGUCAAAAAUACUUAGAAACAAAGGUGCAUGCUCAAGGUUCGUAAACAAUGCUCAAGGUUCGUAAACAAAUCAAUUGCACCAACCCAUUAACCCAUUUUUGCACUGUCUUAAAUAAUGUGGUUCAGCUAAAUGAGGCAUGAGGUUUUCAUAGAUAAUAAAUAUUACACCUUUCAGGUAACCACAUGAGGCCUUCAAGCCAAGUGUAAUGAUACGAACUACCAAAAUGACCACGGCCCUGUAAAAAUAAAAAUUUAAAAAUAAAAUCACUGUACAGAAUCUGUGGAGUUAGAGGGCGAACAAAAAGAAGAAAAAUUCAGACGAGAAUGAAAGGUUUCCUGAAACAGGAAUAUCAAUUUUAUUGAGUUGGCAAAGCAAAUACAGGGAAGCAUUUAACUGCAGGAUUGAGGGUUUUGUUCUGAUUUCAUUAAAGAUGGUGUAGAUCAAAAUUAUAAACAAGUGAUAACACCGUUGCAAGUUGACAAAAUAGUUGAAUGUCUGAGAAUUGAGUAAAGUGACUUGUUAUAUAGAUCACAGUAGACAAGGAAUGUUUAACAUUUUAAUGUAGUUAUGAUCUUUUCUGCACUUGUCUUGCAAAAUUUGUGAUACCUUUGUGGCUGUUGUAAAUUUUAUCCAACAUCAUCUUUCAGAAUGACUAGACAACCGUAAUUUCUAUAGGUGCUCACACUUGUAUUCUGUCUGUGCAAAGUGACUUUGGGAGGAACCAUAGAGAAAGGACAGAGGAGUUUGACCUGCCUGGGCCUGAAACCAUUUGGCCAGCAGACUGAUUAUGCCCACUACACCAUGUCACGUGACCUAAAGUGGGUAUCAAACAUCAACAAAACGUCUUCCUGUAAGAAAGUGUGAUUUGAGUAGUGUUUACCAAAAAUGAAGCCAAUUUUUGGUGUAGUUCUCAGCACAUCAGUAGUCUGAGUAAUUUACUGAGUGUUGGCUUUAGAUUUAGACACAUUUCUCACACUUGCUGCUAUGAGAUUUCACCAUGUUUGUUGAUGUUUGAUAUGCACUAUAGAUGACAUAGCUUAUUAAGUAGGCGUAACCGGUCUAUCAACACUUUUUGCCGCACCUAGUACGUCCAUGGCCAGAGCGCAGAUAGGGCUUGCAAUCUCAAUCUGUACUGUAUGGUCGCCAAUGCAACUUUUUGCUGGUAAUCUGCAUCUGGUUCAACUUUUUGAACUGAAGUAUAGGAAAUGGAAUAUGUAUUUUUUGUCGGAUCUCACAACAGCAAAUCUAAUUGGACCGUUUUGGUAUUAGGCCUUAUGCCCUGAAUGUUCAUGUGCAUUUAUAUCCCUUCUGGAAAGCUUUCUUCUGGAUUCAUUUGGGAAUAAAUUGCAAGUUGUUUAGAAGA